UUAAAUAAUUUCUCUGAAAAGAUAUACAAAAUAAUUCAUCCUUCUUUAUCAUAAACAUUUUGAAUAAAUCUCUGUCCCUCCUUCCAAGUUUCUUCUCCAAUCAAAAUUCUCUCUCUCUCUCUCUCUCUCUCUUUAAAAACACAUUACUACCAAUCAUCACCAGCACUACAUGAACUCCAUCACGCACCAAAAUGGUUGAAGAGAGCUCCACCUCCGCCGCCACCGCCACCCAAUAUCCGAUCAAAACGGUGGUCGUUCUAGUCCAAGAAAACCGUUCAUUCGAUCACAUGCUAGGCUGGCUAAAAUCGUUAAACCCAGAAAUCAACGGCGUAACGGGAUCCGAAUCCAACCCAAUUUCCACCUCCGAUCUCAACUCCUCCAUCAUCUUCUACGGCGACAAUGCUUCCUACGUUGAACCAGACCCCCCUCACUCGAUCCAAGCCAUUUACGAGCAAGUUUUCGGCGUUGAAUGGACAGAAGCCGCACUUUCUAGCGAGAAUGCUUUACAACCGCAAAUGAACGGGUUUGCUCAAAGCGCAGAGCGGACGCAAAAAGGAAUGGCAGAGACAGUAAUGAAUGGGUUUAAACCUGAAUCGAUACCGGUUUAUAAAGAGUUGGCUAUGAACUUCGCGAUUUGUGACCGGUGGUUUGCUUCAAUUCCAACGUCAACGCAGCCGAAUAGAUUGUACGUGCAUUCUGCGACGUCGCAUGGAGCGACGUCUAAUGACACAAAGUUGUUGGCUGAAGGGUACCCGCAAAAGACUAUAUUCGAGUCAAUGGACGAAGCUGGGCUUAGCUUCGGGAUUUACUAUCAGUACCCUCCUUCUACUCUUUUCUACAGGAACCUUAGAAAGUUAAAAUACUUGAAGAAUUUCCACCAGUUUGAUUUGCACUUCAAGAAGCAUUGUGAGGAAGGAAAGCUACCAAACUACGUCGUAAUUGAACAAAGAUAUUUUGAUCUUUUAUCUAUACCUGCAAACGAUGAUCAUCCAUCACAUGAUGUAUCAGAAGGCCAAAAAUUUGUGAAAGAAGUGUAUGAAACACUAAGAGCUAGCCCUCAAUGGAAUGAAAUGUUGUUCAUAAUCAUAUAUGAUGAACAUGGUGGUUUCUAUGAUCAUGUACCAACUCCAGCAACAGGUAUUCCUAGUCCUGAUGAUAUUGUUGGUCCUGCACCUUAUUUCUUCAAGUUCGAUCGCCUCGGUGUCAGGGUUCCUGCCUUUUUAAUAUCUCCCUGGAUUGAGCCUGGAACAGUACUACAUGGACCUUCAGGACCAUAUCCUACAUCAGAAUAUGAGCAUUCCUCAAUUGCAGCAACAGUUAAAAAGCUUUUCAAUCUAAACGACUUCCUAACCAAACGCGACGCAUGGGCUGGCACUUUUGAUGUCGUUUUGACUAGAACUACUCCAAGAACUGAUUGUCCAGUUACAUUGCCAGAACCUGUCAAGUUGCGCGAAGGCGUAGCAAGAGAGGACGGAAAUCUUAGUGAAUUUCAACAAGAACUAGUACAAAUGGCAGCUGUAUUGAAUGGAGAUCAUAAAAAGGAUAUUUAUCCUCAUAAAAUUGCAGAAGGAAUGACAGUUUCAGUGGCUGCAAAAUAUAUGGAAAGUGCAUUCAAGAAGUUCAUUGAAGAAGGUGAGAAAGCUAGAGAAAAUGGAGUUGAUGAAUCAGAGGUGAUUGUUAUUGAGAACUUCGUACCUACUAAUCACAAAUCACCCAGAUCUUUUAUUCAAAAGUUGUUUUCUUGCCUGGUUUGUGAUAAUUGAAGCUUUCAUUUGCCAUUAUUUAUUGGAAUAAAUUCAAUUAAAUUGAAUAUUUUCUAAAUUGUGUAGGUUUUUUCCUGUCUAUUGAUUUGAGGAGAGUUAAUGCUUAUAUAUUAAUUAUAUGGAUUUGUUUGUUCAUAUGUAUUUGUAUUGACAUUGUGAAAACUGAUUAGUUGGUUUUGUUAUAUGAAUUAUUUGUUUUUGCCUCUCAAAA